AUCCACCCCACCCCAUUUCCAAUUAGUCUGUGAUGGGACGGCUAAUGUAAUCAGGAGUAACUACAGCGCGCCCACAGCCUCCUCUCUCAGUCUGCCCCAGACUCAACACAGCUGCACACUCCUCACACAGGAAGGUGAGCAUCUCUUGGUCAAAAUGACCGAGCGCUACGACUGCCACUACUGCAAGGAGUCCCUGUUUGGGAAGAAGUAUGUCCUUCGAGAGGAGAAUCCCUACUGUGUGAAAUGUUAUGAGAGCCUGUACUCCAACACCUGUGAGGAGUGCAAAAAGCCUAUUGGCUGUAACACCAGGGAUCUGUCCUACAAGGACCGUCACUGGCAUGAGGACUGCUUCAAGUGCUUCCAGUGCAAGCGCUCCCUGGUGGACAAACCCUUCUCCACCAAGGAUGAGCAGCUUCUUUGCACCGAGUGCUACUCCAAUGAGUAUUCCUCCAAGUGCCAUGAUUGCAAGAAAACCAUCAUGCCAGGCUCCAGGAAGAUGGAGCACAAGGGCAACAGCUGGCAUGAGACCUGCUUUACCUGCAAGAGAUGCCAGCAGCCGAUAGGCACCAAGAGCUUCAUCCCGAAAGAAAGCCAGAACUUCUGUGUGCCCUGCUAUGAGAAGCAGUUUGCCAUGCAGUGUGUGCACUGCAAGAAGCCAAUCACCACUGGUGGGGUGACCUACCGUGACCAACCUUGGCACAAGGACUGCUUCCUGUGCACCAGCUGCAAGCAGCAGCUUUCUGGCCAGAGGUUCACCUCGAGAGAUGACUUUGCUUACUGUCUGAACUGCUUCUGCAACCUUUAUGCCAAGAAGUGUGCCUCCUGCACCACCCCGAUUAGUGGUCUGGGUGGCAGCAAAUACAUCUCUUUCGAGGAGCGCCAGUGGCACAACGACUGCUUCAACUGCAAGAAGUGCUCUGUGUCCCUGGUGGGCCGUGGUUUCCUGACCGAACGGGAUGAUAUUCUCUGCCCAGAAUGUGGCAAGGAUAUCUAACCCCACCUGAGAGAAAACAAUGCAGCUAAAAGCUAUUGAAUGGCAAAGUCUCACUACAUAUUAGAAUAGAAUGCAAGUAGAACUAGGAUUGUAUGUUUUCAGCUCUGAAUUGCAAAGUAAUGGUUUUCCUUAAUUUUGCGAAGUGUAUUCAAAGUGACAUAUAAGCUCCGUCAGAAAGUAAAAUUAUGUACUAAUAAAGUAACUUUAAGGCA